UGGAGGAAGAAGAUGAGAGAAAAUAUCAAGCGAUGAAGAGAGAGGUGUUGGACAGUUCGCAGGAGGCCGAAUCUAAAAAGCCUCUUCAUCGAGCAAAGCGGAUGAUGCCGUUCUUCCCCUGGCCCCUCCUGGAGGCAGCAGGACUGUCUGAGCUACACUCACAAUCAGAUGAAUGCAGCAUGACAUUUACCCAGUACAGCCCCACUGGAGCAGUAAUUAGAGAAUUUAAAGGACUGGGAGAAAUGUUACACUGCCUAACUGGCCGCUGUCCUCAAGAGUACGAGCACUAUGGCUGCUAUUGUGGACAGCAGGGUCGUGGAAUCCCUCAAGACCAGCUAGACCGGUGCUGUUUUCUUCAUCAGUGUUGUCUGGAGCAGCUCACAUUGCUGGGCUGCAAGAGAGACAGAAAAUUCAACAUUCACGUCAAUUGCCACAACAGCAAACCCCAAUGUCUUGGAGUAGGUGUGUGUGAUCGACUGCAGUGUGUGUGUGAUCGCACCACGGCCGAAUGCAUGGCAGCGUCCCAUUUUAACCACUCAGUCACCUCCCAGUGUUCUGGUCCCCGCCUCUCCUGUAUGCACAGACCACGCCCACAACCACCACGACCCACCUAUGCUGACUCCAGCCAGGAGAGUUCAGAGACCCUAUCAAAUCUACAAACACACACUCAACUUGGAAAUACUAAGCCUGCAGGGGGUGCCAGAGAGCAAGAAGUUAAGGAUGAAGGAAAACCAGACGGAGAGGAGAACAUAGAGGAAGAGGAGGAAGAAGAGGAAGGAGGAGGAGAAAAUGAAGAAAUCUAACUCACUAGUCAAAGUCAUAGUGAACUACACCACAUAAACAACACUGAUAGUGUUUAAAUCAAGUAAAAGACCAGUCUUAACUGAAAUUUCACACCAAAGCAAUGGUGAUUUACAAGAUAUUUUUUAACCUCUUAGUCGUCGGGGUUGCACCAGC